AUGAUGAACUACUCCAUAGACCAGGGGAACGUCUCCUCAGCCGCCUUGAGGAAAAGGAGAACCCUCAAGAAAUCGAUCAAUUUUUCAAUCAUGAUUGUUGGGGAAAGUGGCUCGGGAAGGUCGACUUUGAUCAACACGUUAUGCGGAGGCAAUUCGAUUGUCCCCACGUCCUCCACCAUCAAGGAUAACCCUUUCACGAGAAAACUCACUUUGAGACACGAAAAUGUCGAGUUGGAGGACAACGAAGGGCACAAGAUUAGUCUCAACAUCAUUGAUACCCCGAACUUUGCCAAUCAAAUCAACUGCAACGACGACUUCAGAAUCAUUGUUGAUUUCAUCCGCCAUCAGUUUGACGAGGUGUUGUUGGAAGAGUCUCGCGUUAAACGGAACCCCAGGUUCAAAGACGGCAGAAUCCACAUUUUAAUCUAUCUUAUUAAUCCCACGGGCCACGGCUUGUCGGAAAUUGAUGUGAAAUUCUUGAAGCACAUCAACAACUUGGCCAAUAUAAUACCCGUGAUCUCGAAAGCCGACUCGUUGACAAGAGAAGAGUUGAAGCUAAAUAAACGGUUGAUCUUGGAAGAUCUAGAAAAUUACGGAAUCAAUUACUACAAAUUCAACGAGUACGAAUACGAAAAGGACUACAUUGACGAUGAAAUUAUUGAAUACAACAAGUACUUGAACUCACUUUUGCCGUUUGCCAUCAUUGGCGCAAAUGAGUAUAGAAAGAACCCAGGGCCAGAAGCAGGCGCGCAGCACGAAGGCGACGAAGAUGACGAGGCCGACGAUAUUAUCAAAUUGAGAGUGUUGAACAGCGACCUCAAGCCCAUUAAUAUCGAUGACCCCGAAGUGAAUGACUUUACCAUUUUGAAAAAUGUCAUACUCAUCACCCACUUGAAUGAGUUUAAGGAUUUGACCCACGAUCAAAUAUACGAAAACUAUAGAACCGAGGCAUUAUCUGGUAAACAGUUCCAUUACAUGAACAAGAACACCUCGGAUGACGGAAGCUAUAGAUCGUACACAGCAAGCACCCAGAACUUGGAGAAUUUGAAUAAUGGCAACGGUACAAUUAAUGGACUGAGUAACGGCCAUCACUUGGGCAACGGUCCCGAAAGUGCCAACUCCUCCGACUACUUGAAGAAGGAAGAACAAAUCAGAUUGGAAGAGGAGAGAUUGAGGAAGUUUGAAGAAAGAGUGCACCAGGACUUGAUAAACAAGAGACAGGAGUUGCAAGAUAGGGAAAAUGAGUUGAAGGAGAUUGAAAAGAGGCUAUUAGCAGAGGGUUUGAAGUUGAAUGAAAAUGGCGAUGUAGUUAAAGUUGGCGAAGAUUGA